AACGAGCGCGAGACGGGCAUUAAAUACUAAUGAAUUAACUCUGAAUCUUGAUAAGCAAAAUCCCAGAUAACUAGUUAGUUAGUUAGUCCGGUUCGGAUUACCCAAGUGAUGCAAGCAGCAGUUCGGAUCUGAUCAGUUCCUUUUGGCUCCCCUUCGCGUUUCCCCCACCAGCCAAACUCUCGAUUCGAACCCCACUAAGAGAGAGAUUCUCCUCCCGCGGUCGGAUACACUUACUCUUCCCAGGCAAUAGAAAGGACCAUUUCAUUUCAUUUCCUCAUCCCCCCCAGCCCUCCAGACGCUCCUCGUUUUCCCACUGGCGCCCAUAUCUUCCCCAAGGUCCAAGGUCCAAGGUCCCGGAAAGACACCAUGGCCGAUAACGCAGCUACUACCGCCCCCGAUGCCCAAAUCGACCACGCCUCGUCCAUCCGCUACUGGAGCUCAGUCUCCCCCAAUGUCAACGGUAUGCUGGGUGGCUUCCCGCAGAUCUCCCGCAUCGAUUUACGCGGAUCUGCCAAUUUUCUCGCAAAGCUUCGCCGUGUAUUACCAUCCAUCAAACCCGGAAAACUGCCCCUUGGCGUGGACUGCGGUGCGGGCAUCGGGCGUGUGACCGACGGGUUUCUAAGCAAUGCCUGUGAGGUGGUAGACAUCGUCGAACCAGUCGACAGCUUCGCUCGUGUUAUACGAGAUGGGCAGCUCAAACAGCAGGGCAGGGUGGGCGACAUCUACGUUACAGGACUCGAGCAGUGGACGCCGACCAAGACUUACGAUCUGAUAUGGAACCAGUGGUGCGUGGGGCAUCUGACGGACGCACAGCUAGUAGCAUAUCUCUUGAGAUGUAAAGACGCCCUGUCCGAAUCAGGUCUGAUAGUGAUCAAGGAGAACGUGUCUACCGACGCAGAUGGUGAGGAUAUCUACGACGAGGUGGACAGUAGCGUGACGCGAACAGAUGACAAAUUCAAACAUCUGUUCAAGGAAGCUGGACUCUUCUUGAUAAAGACAGAAGAGCAGUUGGGCUUUCCGAAAAGCCUCGGUCUCUUCCCCGUCAUGUUCUAUGCUCUGCGUCCGGAGUAAGACAGGGAUGGUUGCACGAGUUCCUUCCUAUAUAUUGGACGCCCACUAGAAAUGCAGGUUACGGACGAGUAUGAUGGAAAAGAUGGCUUCCAACCACCAACGAUUUCGAGUAUGGAUCGGAGAGAUAUCCGCAUCUGCUCGACCCAGCCUGGAUUAUUCCCUUUGCCCUAUAUGCUGGCUCGGAUAGGACGACGACUACUUCCUGUCUUCAGCUAGUAGCCUCCUCUUU